AUGGCUAUGCAAUUAGGAUUGUCGAGGAUUAUCUUCAUAGUGGGAGCAAGUUAUACUGGAACUAUACUGGUUAAGAACGGUAAAUUAUCGGAUUUGUUGGGUGAGCUGCAGAAUUUGCUUAAAGGCGCGGACAAAAAUGGGGAAUUGGAUGGAGACUCUGAUGCUGUUGCUAGCCAGCUUCGUCGUUUAGAAAUGGAGUUCCGCAAACUGGCCUCAAACAGGCAGAUUACAGUUCUAAAUGGGGAUUCAGGCCAAAGCAACUUAGCAUCUCUAAUAAUGCCUGCUGCUGCUUUGGGAGCUUUGGGCUAUGGAUAUAUGUGGUGGAAGGGUCUUUCAUUUUCAGACCUGAUGUACGUAACAAAGCAAAACAUGGCAAAUGCUGUUGCAAACCUGACAAAGCAUUUAGAUCAUGUAUCUGAGGCUCUUGCUGCAACAAAACGGCAUUUGACACAGAGAAUAGAGAAUUUGGAUGGUAAACUCGACGAACAAGUUGAAAUCUCAAGGUUAAUUCGGAAUGAGGUCAAUGAUGUACGUGGUGAUGUCUCCCAAAUUGACUUCGACUUGAACGAGUUGCAGAGGAUGGUUUCUGGUUUGGAUGGGAAGCUACUAUCACUAGAAAGCAAGCAGGAGCUUGCGAAUGCUGGGGUAAUGUACCUGUGUAACAUUGUUAAUGGAAGAAAGGUCAAGAUGCCUGAAAUGCUUCAGGAUCAAUUUAAAGUUGGUGGAAACUCAACACCAGCCCUAAUGGGCCUCAAGGAGAUCGCUGACUCUCUAGCAUCUGGAAAUAAAUUAUUAACUAAUGGAAAUUCACACGAUGAUCCUGGCAAGUUGAACAAGAUAACCUUGAUGAGGACGGCUUCAAACAAGUGUUGA